AUGACGACCGAUGAGAAGAAGUUUCUGAUCACACCGAUCACCAUGGCCGACCUCGAGUCGAACGCGGCGCAUUCAAAUCUCAAUUAUGCGUCGAGUGAUCCCGAUGUUCCGCCGACGCCAGAUGAGAACAUGUCGCUGCGCGACAGCGACUGCCGAUCGGCGACACCCAGCGGCCAAUUCAUUCCUCUUAUUUACAGCGAGCCGGCUCUCUUCAAUCUACCGGACGCGUCGCUAUUUGUAUAUCUUCACAAGCCGCUGGCGGCAAGCGACACACUCCUACCACAUAUGAGAGAAGCAGCGGCGGCUGCUGAGAAUCUGCACCCGGUUGGCGACGAGCAAUUAUCUCCAGAGAUCUCGAGGGCGCCUAGUAUAACAACCGUCACCAAUGAUGAUAAGAACGUGUAUCAAUCAGAUAUUUCUGUUUAUGGUCGUCCGGGAUAUAAAAAAUCGUUUUCGACAAGGGAGAUUCGCGAGCAACACGCUCGAAUGCAGCAGAAGUAUCGGGAUGUGACGAAAAAGGAGAAGAAGGUCACCGACCCCGUCGACUUUGAAGCAAUUCUUAACAUUAUCGGAGGAUGCCGUUGGUGGCAGAUUUGGAUUUAUGUGCUCAUUGCGCUUCAGCAGAUCCCGCACGCCAUGUUCAAUUUGAAUGUCGUCUACAUGAUGUAUGAUCCGGAAUUCCAGUGCAUGGUUCCCGGCUUCAACGACACCAACGACACGUCGAUAGCGACACUCGGCGCCUACAAAUGGGGUCUCGAUGAUAUCAAGAACAUCUCGUUCGUGUUUCCGAACGCGAAUCACGACGGCGAAUAUCGGAGAGACUCGUGCUAUUUUUAUGAGCGAACCGAGAAACGCUAUCGCGAGCUCCGUCGAAUGAGCCUUGAUGAGGCGAUGAGAGCCGCUUGGAAUGAUGUGGCGCCGAAGAGGAAGUGCAUGGCAUAUCAUUAUGAGAAGGACGUGAUGAAGGAGACAAUCGUCACCGAUUUCAAUCUAGUUUGUGAUAGUUGGCUAGCAAAGGGACAUGCUCACAUGUUCUAUUCAAUCGGGUAUCUUCUAGGAUGUGUUUUAGGCGGAAUUGCGAGUGAUAAAAUUGGACGAAAGCCGACGAUCAUCGGCUUCGGAAUUCUGUCAUCGAUGUUCGGCAUUUUCCUUCCGUUCAAUGAUUAUUACCCAAUGUUCCUAUUUAUUCGUCUUUUAUCCGCAAUUUGUAAUGAAGCUGCCGAUCUUGCAGCGUACACGCUGUGCAUGGAAAUAACUGGCAUGAAAUAUCGCGCAAUGGUUGGAAGUAUGCUUCAAGCACCCUGGGCACUUGGCUACGCUCUUCUAGCUCUCAUGGCAUAUCUGACAAAAAGCUGGAAGACCAUCCAGGUGUUCGCUUCGAUCAUGCACUUUUUCGCCGUCAUCCUCGUCUGCUCACUUCCCGAAUCGCCACGUUGGCUGAUGACGCAGAAUCGAACCGGCGAGGCGGAAGACGUGAUACGCAAAGCGUGCCGUCCGCCACCGUUUCCAUUUAAUCUUUGCCGAACAUCGAAUUGCGGCAAUCUUCCAUCGGAUUUGGAGCUGGUCGGCCAUCGAGAACGGAAGCUUAACAACAAGAACGGCAAAAUUGGAUUCUUUGAUUUGUUCGUAAUGAAAGAGCUACGCUAUCGCACAAUUUCGAUUUGCAUUGUAUUCAUGGCGACGGCGCUGGUUUACUACGGAUUAGUUAUGGCCCUUUCUGACCAGUCAGCACCUGGCCGGACACUGUUCACCGGCUACUUCCAUCUUAACAAUGGAAUCGCUGGUGCUAUCGAGAUUCCGACAUUAUUUGCUUGCGUCUGGAUGAUGACUUUGGGAAGGAAAAAAGCCAUCAUGCUCACAUUAACAACAUCGGGCAUCUUCAUAAUCAUCGCAAUGCUGUUUGUCAUCUCCGGCUAUCAUAUGGGAGCUCUGGCGUUUAUGUUGCUCGGCAAAAUCGCCGUGCAGGGCGCGUUCAACAUUUUGUACAUAUUCACGUCCGAGCUCUAUCCCACCGUAAUCCGGAACACAGCUGUCGGAGUCACCUCAAUGGUUGCGCGAUUCGGAUCGGGUCUCUCGUCCUAUAUCGCACUGCUUUCGAAUAUUUCGCUUCCCAUCGUGCCGAUGAUCAUUUUCGCGGUGUUCUCGCUAUUCGCUGCCAUGCUUGUCAUUGUGCUACCGGAGACGUCUGAAAAACCGCUUCCGGAAACCGUCGACGACGCCAUCACAUUCUUGGAGCCGUCGAAACAAGUGAAUUGCAUGAUGGGCAAAUUCGGGAUGUUCCGACAAGGCAAGAUGACCAAGAGUAUAUCAUUGACUGAGAAUCCGAGCUCAACGGAUAUUGAUAUUAAUGAAGUCAUGGCUAUCAGUAGAAGAUCAUCGGCGAUUAAUCGAAGAAUGGCUCAGCAGGCGAAUGACAUUUUGACGAGAAAUGCCAGUCGAACCGAAUCCAUCGUGCAAGAUCUUCACGAUUUAAAGGUGCCAUCCGACCAGAAAGUGCAUGAGAUUUCCAGCGAGUAA